GGUGCAGCCCGCGAAUCCAAGCCGCGGUUAUCUCGCCCGCCACUUGGGUUGGAAGCGAGGUCCUGUGCAACGCGUGACUUGCUCAUCGAGUCCCUUCUCCACACGACAUCGCUCGCGCGUGCAGUCGUUGACAUCAAUGAGCCUGUUCGAGGCGUUCUCAUCUACCUUUCACCUCAUUUGCCUCACAUUACACUCUUGACUGCUUGCGGCAUCAAGGCUGGUUGCUGCCACUUACCAUUUGAAGCUCUGGCUGCGCCUGCCUUUUCAGCCCUCCAUGCAUUGACGACCGUCUCCCUCGAAAAGUUCACACCUGGCCGCAGCAUGGUGAAUGCAAGCUUUAGCAGCAGCGGCAGCGGCGUUGUCGGUGGCGGGCAAGGCAGUACUCGACCCAGGAGAGGCUGGGCGCUGGUCGGUCUCGUCGUUGCUGUGCAGCUCAUCUGUUGGCGAGGAGCCAAGCUGAGCGCACGCUCGUUGGACUCCCGUGCUGCGAAUCACCUGGGCUAUGCGUCAAGAGGAAGUCCUGCGAUUGAGUAUCCAUCACUCGUCAAGAGGCAGAUAUUGGAAGACGGUGCAGCUUCUCAGCACCAUGUGAACCUCGAGCCAGCAAGGCCACCCACCAACGAUGCAGCAGCCGGGUAUGACAGCGCCAAGCAUCACGACAAGGAUCACCACCAUCAUCACGAUGGCGACAACGACAAGAAGCACGACAAGAAGCACCACACUUCUUCGAGUCACAAAUCAAAGCAUACAACAACAUCCAAGCAUCGCAGCAGCAGCAGCAGCAGCAGCAGCAGCAGCAGCACCAGCACUAACACCAAGACAACUACCACUACCAGCACGACGAAAUCAAAGGAGCACAAACACAGCCCCACUGCCGAACCACCACCACAUGACCCCGAGCCGGCCCCGGAGCCGACGCCGGAUCCGAGGCCCGAGCCCACUGCGGGCGUGCCGGGAAGUGAUUGUCAUCCUAUCCCACUCGAAAGAGGAUCGACCGCAAGCUGCGCACACGUCAUCAGAAACUGUCCUCCCAGAGGGCACUUGGACUAUCUGAGGUUCUACUACUGCGCAGGCGUCCAGUCGGAAGCCUUGCGGCACGAGCUUGAAUGGUCCGCCAGUGACUCCAGCGCCUCUACAUCGCACAUGACGGGCAUGGGACAGAAGCUCGAGCUCGCACAGACCGAGGCCGUGUACUCGAAGAGACCCAUCUCGGCUGCCGUCCAGGCCAGUCGGACUGCGGCACUCACGCUCAUCAUCAUUUGGAUGCUCUUCUUGUUCUCUUCUGUCGGCAUCGUGGCGAGCGAUUUUUUCUGCCCCAAUCUGAGCACACUUGCAGCUCGGCUGGGACUCAAUGAAAGCACUGCUGGUGUCACGUUCCUGGCUUUUGGAAACGGCAGCCCAGAUGUAUUCUCGACAUUUGGAGCAAUGAAGUCGGGGUCUGGCUCGCUGGCAAUCGGGGAGCUGAUAGGCGCAGCCUCCUUCAUCGUCUCGGUCAUCUCGGGGUCCAUGAUGCUCAUUGCGCCUUUUCGCGUCAAGGCAUAUCCCUUCAUUCGUGACGUUGGCUUCUUUACCGUAGCCGUCACGAUGACCGUCGCGUUCCUUUUCGAUGGUCACCUGCGCUUCUCGGAAUGCAUAAGCUUAAUGAGCCUCUACAUGCUCUACGCCGCAACCGUCAUCAUUGGUUCCUGGUUUCAAGAGCGGCGGAGGAAGCAAAGAGCAGCGAUUGCUGCUGCGAGGGGCGAGUACAUCCAGUCUAGUCCUAGCAUCAACUCAACCCCGUUCCACGUCUCGCCGGAGAGGACGAGCGAGCGUGCGACGAGUGAAGGCAUGAUUAGGGGGCACAGUAUGCGAUCCGACCUGGAACGGACUGGCAAUCACCUAGCUGUCCCGGGCGGAGGGGGCUCACCUUACACUUCCCCUCUGAGUCUUUCCGAAUACGAUCCGGAUGCCGACCCGAUGGAUGUUUGGGGACAGGAAGUGCGUAAUACUGGCGGAACGAGCACUCCGACCAACUUAAGUCGACAACCAAGUCCGCAUGGCUCGCCGAGGAUAGGGCCCUCAGGCGCACCAUCUCCUGGUGCACUAUCAGCCUCGGCAUCCGCCAACCUGGCGCGUUCGCAAGCGCGCUUCCGAGCAGGAAUCGCAGCGAGACAUUCCCUGCUCGGAGCAGUGGAGUUCAGAGACGUGGUGCGCAGUCUCCAAGACGCGGCAGCGCCAGAUCGCAGUAUCGAGAUCUUCACAUCUAGAGACCCAGAGAGAUUUUUGCCUCACCCUGCUCAUCAACAUGCCACUCAUCGUUCAAUCAGACCGCGUCCUAGUCGACAUGCUCGAGGCGUGAGCAUGGGCGCAGGUCCGAUGACUGCUCUCGAAGGCCCCGUCGAAGCGUUCAAUUGGAACACGACGGGUGACGGUUCUUCAUCAGGCAGGGACCGAUCCAACUCCACAGGCGCAGCGCAGCGGCCUGCGCCUGCUCUGAACCGCAGUACAUCUGCUAUACCAAGCUACGGAGCAACUUCGACUUCACAGAACACGUUAUCUUCGACAAGAGCCAACAACGCUCAGACGAAGUCUUGGAUACGUGACACCAAUGCGAAUGCUGACGUCCGCCCCGCCCCUCUAGAUGCAUCAGUCGCGGUUGAUGAUCCAUGGCGGGAAGGCAGCUCGUUUGCGCAGCAGGCAGGCGUCCCCUUUCCCCCCCAUGAUGGCUUGCACAAGAGGGAUACUAGUGGGGGCAGCGCUUCGCAUCUCGACCUUCCUCGGAUACGGACGGAUGCUGGUCGCUCACGCUCGCCCGUGCCUUCCAUUCACGUGUCGAGUCAUGGUGAAGCAGAAGAGAGUAGCCUUCAGAAAGGCGCCAGCCAGUCCACUGGGCAUUCAAAGAGCACACUCCUCGGUCGUUCUAGGGACCCAACAGGCGCCUAUUCGCAACUCAUGAAGCCCAAAAAUUUUCACCGAGCCUUCGUACGCCCUUUACGACGCGCCUUGUUCCCAUCGCUUCGACACUUCCACGAGAAGUCCUGGCUGGGUGUAGUAGUGUCUCUACUCACCGCGCCGGCUUUACUUGUGCUCAACUUGACCCUACCCGUCGUCGACGACGAUGGAACUUCGCAGGUCGGAGAUGGGGAACUUGACCAUUCUGGAGAAGGAGCAGUACGCCUCGAGGGAGACGAGAGGCCCCUACAAGCGAGUGCGCCCUUCGCGGAAGGGGACGAGGAGCGCAUCAUUCAGCUCGGUGCAACCUCAAUUUCGAUGGGAUCAGAGGAGGACCCAUGGGCCGCCAGAGACCGAGAAGAAAAUCGCAAGCGGGACCUGGACGUGGCGAAGGCGCUCAAGGCGUUGCCACGGGGAGAGCAGUCCUUAGACGAUGCUGCGUCUGCCGCAACCGCGUCGGUAGAAGGGGCACAUCAAGGACACGGCGCCGACACGAUCACAGGAGAUGUGGAAGAUGUGGCAAGCGAAUGCGAGUCCUUUGACUCGCACAAAGCCGUCGGCUUCGCUGGGGCGCCUUUACUUCAGACGGUCGCGCAGUGCGCCUUGGCGCCGCCGUUCAGUGUCUGGUCGGUGACCGAUCCACGCGGCAAGGGACAAGGCUGGAAGAUUCUACUAGCGCUUCUGAUUGGUCUAUGCUUGGGCGUGAUCGUCUUCCUCAUCGGAAUCAGGGCAAGGAUACACGGAGGAGCCUGGAACUCGCGUCAGUCCAUUCUAGCUGCUGGCAUGGCGCGUUGCUGUCUCGGGUUUCUGGUCUCUGUCAUGUGGAUCAUGACCAUCGUGGAUGAGGUUGUCACCAUCCUGCAAACUGUUGGCGUCAUCAUGGGUCUCUCGGACGCCAUUCUGGGCUUGACCGUCUUUGCGAUGGGCAACUCGCUCGGCGAUCUCGUAGCAAACGUCACUAUAGCCCGGAUGGGUCAUCCGGUCAUGGCUAUUUCCGCAUGCUUCGCAGGGCCACUGCUGAAUCUUCUACUUGGAAUCGGCAUUUCGGGCUCCUACCUUCUCUCGGGCGCAUCAGCCUCGGCAGCAGGACCGCAGUGGGCAGAUGGCGUCUACCACAUCGACUUUAGCCCGACAUUACUCGUCUCGUCCAUGGGACUCCUGACCAUCCUGAUUGGCACGCUCAUCGCAGUGCCUUUAAAUGGUUUCUACCUCUCAAGACCGCUAGGGUGGACCUUGAUCGGCACUUAUGCUGUCAUCAUGACGACAAACAUCCUGGUCGAGAUCUUCUAUCAUCGCAAGCACAGCUACGAGCACCUCUCCAUCUGAUAGCUGGCUGGCGUCGGGCAGCUACCCUCUCGUACACACUCUACCUUAUCUGUAUAUACGACAAAGAUGCGGCUGUAUCAACACAUGGCAUGAAACAUUCAAAGAAAGUACAACACGAGCGUCAACGCGGC